ACUCGAGCUUAAGAAAAUCCCACCCGUAGACCUUGUUUAUAAGACAGUAGACUGUAGACGUCCGACGAACAAUCGCGGUAACAACCCGAAGAUUACUAACAGUUCUCCAUCGUCCGCUAAACUCGUCUUGCGAAAAACACUAUACACUCACUAGCCAACAAUCAACAUGAACCGUCUGUUAUCUGUAUUAUUGUCUGUCACAUUGCUGUUACAAGUUACAGUGACUGUAGUUUCUGGUCAAGGACAGGAUGCUACACCGGGUCAAUGUAAAUGUGUACCAUACUAUUUGUGCGUAAACGGAACGAUUGUUACAAGUGGUAAAGGAAUAAUAGACGUAAGGUCUGGAGGUUUAAAGUGCGAUGGUUUGCUUGUAAAGUGUUGCUAUAAAUCAAUGCAAUCAAAAGCGUCUAAAGAUAUGGAUUUGACAACGCAAGAUAUCGAUAAGACAAUUUUGGGAGAGAUGUCUACACCUAUACCUCAAACAAUGCCAUCGGAUACUUGUAAAUGUGUACCAUACUAUUUGUGCGAAAACGGAACGAUUGUUACAAGUGGUAAAGGAUUAAUAGACGAAAGGUCUGGACGAGGUUUACAGUGCGAUGGUAUGCUUGUAAAGUGUUGCUAUAAAUCAAUGAAAUCAAAACCUACAGAAAUACCUGACCCUGUACAUCGUGCGAUAUGUGGCCAUUGGAACCCUCAUGGCGUAAAACCCACAAUAACUGGAGGCUCCCACAACGAAGCACAAUUCGGCGAGUUCCCCUGGAUGAUGGCAAUUCUUAAAUUAGAAGCUAACCAAUCUAAAACUUACCUGUGUGGUGGUUCAUUGAUUCACCCAAAAGCCGUAUUGACAGCAGCACAUUGCGUGAACAGAAAAUCCCCGAAUGAACUAGUUAUUCGCGCUGGUGAAUGGGAUACACAAACGGAAAACGAACCGUUACCAUCACAAGACGGCCAAGCUCUGAAAAUAAUUAAUCAUGCAGAUUUCGAGCCAGACGAAUUAUUGAACGACGUGGCGCUGAUCAUUGUCAUCGAUCCGUUCUCGCUCAGUGAAAAUGUGGGAACUAUCUGUUUGCCCAGCCCGAAUUACGUAUUUGCUAAAAAUAGAUGCUACGGCAGUGGUUGGGGCAAAAAAGAAUUCGGUAAAUUAGGCGUAAAUCAAGUAAUUAUGAAAAAAAUAGAUUUGCCGAUCGUUCCACGUAGUUCGUGCUUGGAACUGUUAAGAGAGACCAGGUUGGGUGUGGAUUACAUAUUGCCGGAGAGUUUCAUCUGUGCCGGUGGGGAAAUAGGCAAAGAUACUUGUCAAGGAGACGGUGGAAGUCCUCUGAUGUGUCCAAUUGAGAAUAGACCUAAACAGUUCCAACAGGUCGGAAUCGUGUCGUGGGGAAUCGGAUGCGGUAACAAGACACCCGGCGUGUACGUGGAUGUGGCAUUGUUCAGAAACUGGAUCGAUGAGCAGAUGGCUAAGGAAAAGUUGAGCACGAUCUACUAUGAUCCUGAUUAUGUUCCAACGAAUUAAAUUUUUUCUACAUCUCUCUCCUUCAUAUAGGCAUACACAUACCCUCCCGGCUCCCUCCUGACUCCCGGCUUAACCUAAAUAUGAAGUUAUAAAUACUCAGUUUUAAAUACAGCUUUAUAACUGAAUUAGUUAAAUGUCACCCUAAUGUCUAUAUUUUAUAUUUUAUUGAAUAUAUACGCCCUAUUGAGCUCAUUACAGUACAUACAGUAAACACAUUAUCAUACUUAAUAACUUAUAUUAAUAUAGAAUUGACAUAAUGAUUAACGAACAAAGUUUGAAUUAAUAAAAUAUGUAUUUUAUGUAAGCUGAAAUUAAAAUGAGAUAGACCCUA